AUGCUGCUCUGUGGCAUGACGGCCGCCCGCCUGCUGCGCGCGUGCGUUGAGACCCUCGUGGGCUUCGUGCUCUGGCCAGCGAUCGGUUUGAUUUUGCUUCCAUCCACCGUUCUCGUUCACUCGCCAUUCAUCGCGCUCGGCCUCUGCAGCUCCGACGCUGCUGUCGGCGUGCCUCCCGCCUUCCUCCCCUGGCGUCGCCUCCCAUACCUGAUUCCGAUGAUGCUCUUCGUCGACCUGCCGAUUGCCGCCUUACUCACAGCGACAUCUCUGAUCGAGCACAUGUUCCUCCGGAAUCCCCUCAUCCUUGCCGUCUACAACCUCUGCCGAGGCAGCUCACAGCCCCCGAACCGCGUGCCAACGCUCCCCGACACCCCCGACACCGAGUCCGGUCUUCACGCCCACGAGCGGCCGCGCGCAAACACCAAUGACGGCGCCCGCUACCGCGAGCACGCCUCCAUCUGGGCUGCCCUCGAGGGCGACGGCGACAAUGUCCGGCCGGGAGAUGUGCGCCUGAUCAGUCUGAACUGGCUCAUGGCGCUGGCAGAGCGGGGCGGCGUGCUCUCGCGGCGGCAGGACCUGCCAGAGGAGGCCUUCUUAAGCUCUGCUCAGCUGAGGCGGAUCGAGCAAGGCGCCAGGCGCGGCUUCGACCUCGCCGGCUUUGAGGAGGCCACCGAGCGCAUGACCAAGGAGCCCUCCUUCUCAUCCACUCUCGGCUGGCUCGCGAGCUUUUUCGGCCGCAAGCGCAACCCCGACGGGCUGCUCCCGAUCAUCUCCGUCUCCUACUGCUGGCUCGAGGCGGCGCAUCCAGAUCGUGAGGGCCGCCAGCUCCAAUUGCUCUGCCGCAAGCUGCGGGGCCUCUACGGCGGGCGCGGCCUGCUCGGCGCGUGCCGCAACUACGGCUUCUCGGACGUGGGCGUGUUUCUUGACUGGAGCUCGGGCUACCAGAAGGACCCGGCGCAGUUUGCCGAGCGGCGCGCGUAUGAGGCGAGCCGGUCGGGCGAGCAGAAGGCCGCCUUCGGUCGCAUGCUGGAGAACACGAUGGACCUCUGGUACGCGCACGCCUCGGUCACGGUCGUGCUGCUCACGCAGCUGCCGGACGAGCUGCCCGCCGGCUUCGACCGGAGCCGGACCUACGACACUCGCGGCUGGACGACAUUCGAGCGGUGCUCCGCAGAGCUGGGCGCAAAGCCCUCUAAGCUGGGUUUUGCCAAGUGGAAGCUCGUCAUCGACGUCGCCAGCGGCGACGGCGGCGCUCAGCGGCGGCUCCCCGCGACUCCGGAGCGCAUGGCGAAGCUGCUCGCCGCUUGCCGCUUCACCAACGGCGCGGACUCGGCGGCCGUGCUCGCGCUCUACGUAAAGACGGCGAAAGGCGUGCUGGGCACCGUCGAGAAGCUCGACUACCACGGGCUGCCGCUCGUGCGUGGCGACGCGUGGACUAGCCCGGCGCUGCUGGCGGAGGCGCUAAACCAUUGCGAGAGCCUCCGGACCCUCAGCUUAGUUGGGACACGCCUCGACGACGAGGGCGUGGCGGAGCUUGCGGCGGGGCUCGAGGACGGCGCGCUCCCGGCGCUUGAGAUUCUCCACCUUUGGGCAAACCGCUACGGCGCGCGCGGCGUCGGCGCGCUCUGCGGCGUUUUCCAUCGCGGCGUGGCGCCGACGCUGCAGAUGCUCGCCGUCGCUCUCACGCCUAUUGGCGACGAGGGAGCCGCGGUGCUAGCUACGGCGCUGUCGACAGGCACGCCGUCGCAUGGGCUGGCGUUGGGGGGGUGCGACGUGGGCGACAAGGGCGCGAUGGCACUCGCAGCUGCCCUCCCGGCCGCGGGUCAGGGGUGUCACCUGUACGCCCCGUUGAAUCGGAUCGGCCUCGCGGGCCAGGCGGCACUACUAGAGGCGCUCGAGGCGAAGCACGGGCCGCAGCCGGGGCAUGCGAUGGGGGUGUAUCAGGUUAGCUUGUUUCCCUGGUCGUACUCGCUCGUGCGCGCGUUCGGGCGAGGCAUGCGCCGUGUGCAAGAGAGCGGCCGACUCACUUUAGUUGUGAUAGAAAAGUAA